AUGAGUCAACACCCACACUCCAGAAGCCUCUCAUCCUCCUCGUUUCAUCCUCUUUCCCACAACUCUCAAGCUUACACUCCAUUAUCCACAACCAGCACCAAUCCAAGCCUUCUCACCCGACCCAGUCUCUCUCAAUCUUCUCUCUUUUCCAUGUAUUUGAGUAGCGGGAAUGGUGCCAAUAGUGUGAAUUCAUUAUUAUCUUCAGCCGGAACUGGAGGAGGAACCAUUCUUACCACCACGGAUCAAAACAAGUACAACCACACCAAUACGACUUCGAGCCUCCCUUCCACUACGACGUCCUCUCUUUUGGCAACCAAAGCCUCUCUCUUAUCCAAUCAAGCUAGUAGUAGCGGAAAACAAUUUGCAUCAUCUUCAUUAUCUAUGAUGGCUUCAAAUCUAAGUAAAACCAGAACUCCUCUCUCGACUAUUACAAAUACUGUUGCAUUGCCAAGCAGUGUUUCCACCUCUUCCUCCUCCAAUAAUGGUAUACUUUUUCCAAGCAACAACUCGGAUCCGAUCAAAUCCAAUAAGCGAAAGAAAAUUGUAACUUCAAGAGAUGCCAAUAAUAGCGUUGCAUCUCUUCUCAACAUGAAUUCUGCUCUUGAUAUCAGUAGUUUAAAUACCUCUAGUACUAAUUUAAAUUCAACAACUCUGAGUGGACAUAAACACUUACUUAAUCAAUCGAUGAAUAACAAUUCGUCGGCACAACAUUUGAUUUCACUUCCCAUUCAAGAAUAUCAACAAUUGACAGAGAAGUCCCAACAAUUAGAAGAUCAGGUUCAAAAGUUGAAAAUUGAUUUGGACAACUCUUCGAUGGAUGUCAAUGAGUACAAGACAUUGUAUGAACAAAGUAAAAAGCUCAUUAAGGAGAAUGAAGCCAAAUGUGAGAGUUUGAAGAAUAGAAAUCAAUUCUUGGAGAAGCAACUGAAAAAGUUGAUGAAUGAAUCAUCUGCGAAUAGUAAUUCGACAAGUAACAACAUGACCUCUGCUGCAACAAGCAAUACUCCUACAUCUCCUCCUUCCUCAGUUCAAGUCACCAUUGAUGUGAAUUCACAAUUAGCUUUACAAAAUCUCUCGUAUCAGAGUCACAUUGAAACAACUUCUCAGAAAGUGAAUGCAUUAUUGAAACAAACUAUUUCAACUUUGCAUGAUAUGGAUCAAAAUAUUCAACAAAACAAUAGAGAUUAUAUUUCACUCUUUGUCAAACAAUGCAUUGGAAAUGUCAUUCACAAAGUUGAAGAGGAGAAAUUUGAGCAAUUUGUCAAUCAUGUUAAUCCCAUGAUUGAAAUCGACAUUCCAAUGUAUCAACAGACAAUUCAACAUUAUAAGGAUCAAUUAGAUUCAAUAUCAACUCAGUACAAUCAAUUAGUUGAAUUUCAUCAACUCGAAUUGGAUGUCUUGAAAUCUCAAAUUCAACAACUUGAACUGCAACACUCGAGAGAAGUGACAGAGUUGAAACAAACAUGGUCUGAAAAUACGAACUCCAUUCAGAAUCAGUAUCACUCUCUUGAAGAACAACAUCAAUCUGAAUGCAAGCAAUAUUUAUCCCAAAUUGACAAUCUGAACCACAACAUUUCUCAAUAUCAACAAUUAAUUCAUCAACAAGAUCAAAACAUGGCAAAUAUGAGAUGCAAGUACGAACAAAUUCAAUUGGAGUCGAUUGACCAGUUAAGAAGAUUGAAACAAACCAGGCAAGACCAUGUUGAACAAGUGAAGAAACUGAAACACACAGUUUUGAAUUUGGAAGAAGAAAUUCGAAAGUUCAAGAUUACAACAGAAAAACUGCAAAUCGAGAAGUGGACACUGUAUAAUAUGAACAGACAUUUGACCCUGAGAUUGGAUUUAUGGGUCACACAGUCGAUGAAUAGUGAUUCCAAUUCUACGACGAGCCAUGCAUGUCACGAUGACACUAGUACUCAAGAUCUUGAAACCUCCCUUGUAAAUCUUAAACUGAAAUUAACAGAAAGUCUUAAAUCGUACCACAUGUUAAAACAAGAAUAUGAAACAUUGAUGACAGAGUCAAAACAAACUCUCUUACGAUAUGAUGAAUUGCUUUCCCAAUGCAAAACUGAGAGAACAUUCCUUCAAGAAUUUAUUCAAUACAACAUGUUGCCCUAUCUAGAGGUGAUUUACAAGUGUGGGGAUUGUGCUGAAACGACGCAAGAGAAUGUUUCGACCGCUACAACAUCAUUGACGAACCAUAUUACCCCACGACAGUAUCAAUCCAUUUUACAGUACAUGAUUCAACAUAUUUACCGACAUGUCAUUGUGACAGACCAACAUCAUUAUCAGCAUAUGGAGGAAUAA